AUGGCGGUGACUCUCACGAGCGAGCUCUGUUUGGGAACAUCUCGUACACGAUCCCCCCCAGCCCCAACACCACGGCGCCACGCCAUCUCCAUCAACCACGCACCUUCCCCUUCCCGUCCCUCCUUCUCGGCGGCCAUCGCUACAGUCUCUGGCUUACCACACCUUGAGCUAUUCCUUGGACGCAGCACGAUCGCAGCCGUCCAACACUCCAGCUCCACACCCUUCCACCACCUUCCCCAACAGCUCUCUUACGCUGCACAGUCGCAGAACUCGCGCUCGACUACGCCCACACCAAACACUGCCCCGGACAAGACCAUCACCACCAUGGUCGGCCUCACGUCUGCCGCCGGCGUUGUUGGCUUUCUCUCCGAGCCUGACCCGGCCUUGCGCUCAUUCGCCCUCCAGCGUCUGAACGAGGAGAUUGACCUGCUGUGGCCCGAAGUCGCAGGGUCAGUCAGUCAGAUUGAGGCUCUGUAUGAAGACGAAUCGUUCCCACAGCGAGAACUUGCCGCCCUCGUUGCGGCCAAGGUCUAUUACCAGCUGCAAGAGUAUAAUGAGAGUAUGGUGUUUGCACUGGGUGCGGGCAAGCUCUUUGACAUCCACAAGGCCGCUGAGUUUGAGGAGACGAUACUAGCCAAGUGCCUAGAUACCUACAUCGCUUUGUCCGUCAUGCACAACCCCCCAACACCAGUCAGCAAAGCAAACCAGGUCCCGCCACAGCUCAGCACUUCGUUUCCCGUCAACUCGGCAGGAGCCGCCAGCACAUCAGCCAGUCUCGCGUCACCGAUAACGCCCUUCUCCCAGUCCGCGCUGCCGUCAAAGUCGCUCUUGUCUCGUGAGGACUCCUCCACAUUCGACCCCACUGUCCCUGGCGGCGGUAAUGCCGGAGUUCCUGGAGCGCACCCGACUCCCAUGGUCCUUCAAAGGAACGUCCAGAAGAGCCUGCAGGGCACCGUACGGCGGAUAUUCGAGAGCUGCUAUGAGAGCGGGAAUUACAAGCAGGUAGUCGGAAUCGCGAUUGAAGCGCGGAAUCUAGAAGUUUUGCGUGAGUCCAUCGUCCGUGCGAGUCAGGAUGAGAAGAAGCAGGGCAAGAAGCCUGUUCAAAAUUCGUCUCCUCAGAGCGAGGAGCUGAUGGAGUACGUCCUUGACAUCUGCAUGAAUGUCGUGCAGGAGCGGGGGCUGAGGAACGAGAUUCUCCGAAUGAUUCUCGAUCUUCUGAACGAUGACGAACUUCCCAACCCCGACUACUUCUCGAUUGCCAAAUGUGUGGUCUAUCUGAAUCAACAUGCGCUUGCCUCAAAGCUCAUCCUGGAUCUCAUACAACGAGGCGACGACAAGUCGCGCGCAAUUGCAUACCAGAUUUCGUUUGAUCUUUAUGAGAAUGGCACACAAGAGUUUCUUGCAAAAGUCAUGGAAGAACUCCCUGCGGAUGAGAAGGACAAGUCGAAAACGUCAGCCAACGAGGGUGAUGCGCAGAAGGCUCACGCACGGGAGUCAGACUCAUUACUUGCAGACGUCGACACAAGCAAUGUAUCGACCGCAGUAUCGCGUACAAAGGAUCAGCAACCAACUGAGGCUCAAGCGAAGGCAUUCAGCUCGGUGCGCCAUAUUUUACGAGGCACCAAGAGCAUUGAACUCAACCUGGAAUUCCUGUACAGGAACAAUCACACCGACAAGGCCGUUUUGAACAAGGUUCGUGACAGUCUGGAAGCCAGGAAUUCAAUCUUCCACUCGAGUGUAACAUUUGCCAAUGCUUUCAUGAACGCUGGUACUACGAACGACACUUUCUUCCGAGAGAACUUGGACUGGCUUGGCAAGGCUGUGAACUGGUCCAAGUUCACUGCGACUGCUGCGCUAGGUGUGAUCCACCGAGGAAAUAUCACACAGGGCCAGAAGUUGCUCGAGCCAUAUCUACCCAAGGAUACCGUCUCCGCAGGCUCUCACUACGAACAAGGUGGAUCCCUCUACGCCUUGGGCCUCAUCUAUGCCAAUCACGGAAGCAAUGUCUUGGACUACCUCCUCAAGCAGUUCCAAAACGCAUCCGAGGAGGUGAUCCAGCAUGGUGGCGCACUCGGUGUUGGUGUUGCCGGGAUGGCUACGGGGUCUGAAGAGAUCUUUGAUGCGUUUAAGAACGUCCUCUACACUGACUCCGCCAUUAAUGGUGAGGCUGUUGGCUUGUCGAUGGGACUGGUCAUGCUUGGAACUGGUAACAUCAAGGCUCUCGAGGAUAUGAUUCAGUACGCGCAUGAUACACAGCAUGAGAAGAUUGUACGUGGUCUUGCCAUGGGUAUGGCUCUGAUCAUGUACGCGCGCCAAGAAGCUGCGGAUGAGCUGAUCAACGGUCUUCUCGACGACGCUGAUCCAACUCUGCGUUACGGAGGUAUCAUGACAAUCGCUCUAGCAUACUGCGGUACAGGCAGCAACAAAGCCGUCCGGAGGCUACUGCACGUCGCUGUCAGUGACGUGAACGAUGACGUUCGACGGGUCGCGGUCAUGAGCUUAGGGUUCAUCCUCUUCAGAAAACCAGGCAGCGUGCCUCGCAUGGUCGAGCUUCUUGCUGAGUCGUACAACCCACAUGUACGGUACGGUGCUACAAUGGCUCUGGGAAUUGCCUGUGCUGGUACCGGUCUGCCCGAGGCGGUGGACCUCUUGGAGCCCAUGAUGAAGGAUUCUACCGACUUUGUCCGCCAGGGAGCGCUGAUUGCUCUUUCAAUGAUCAUGGUCCAGCAGAACGAGGCCAUGAACCCAAAGGUAGCCUCCAUUCGGAAACAGCUUGCCAAGGUUGUCGGUGAUCGUCACGAAGAUGCUAUGGCCAAGUUUGGCGCGGCUUUGGCGCUCGGCAUCAUCGAUGCUGGUGGCCGAAACUGCACAAUUGGGCUUCAAACACCCAGUGGCAAUCUCAAUAUGACUGCCAUUAUUGGUAUGGCUGUCUUUACACAAUAUUGGUACUGGUUCCCUCUUACCCAUUUCCUAUCUUUGAGCUUCACACCCACUGCCGUCAUUGGUCUAGACCAGGAACUGGAUAUUCCCUCGUUCAAAUUCCACAGCAACACUCGGCCCAGCAUGUUCGAUUAUCCGCCAGACGCAGAGGUCAAGACAGAGGAGGCGCCAGAAAAGAUCAAGACAGCCGUUCUUUCCACAACCGCUCAAGAUAAGCGUCGACGGAUGGUCAAGGAGCGACAGCGCCGACGAGAGAGUAUGGAUGUCGAUCAGACUCCAACGACGCCGAAGCCAAGUGCGGAUGAUGACAAGAUGGAUCUUGAUGAGGAGACGAAGGAGAAGGAGGAUGCGGAGAAAACCGAGAGCACGCAAGCAGAGUCUUUGAAGAAGAAGGCAGAAAAAGAGAAGGUCGGCUAUGAACUGGAGAACAUGUCCCGUGUCCUAUUACCUCAAGUGAAGUACAUUAGCUUCCCUGGGGAGCGAUAUGUUCCAGUCAAGAAGUCAACCAUUGGCGUUAUCCUCCUUGUCGACACUAAACCUUCAGAACCAAAGACACUUCUUGAGCUGAAGGUCAAGAAGGCAGCGCCUGCACCAGCGCCUGGUGCGGCCGGCUCAUCAGGCCGAAACGCACGAGAAGGUGGCUCUGCGACGACAGCCGGUGUCAUCAGUGACAACAUGGUGGAUGAAGGCGAGGAAGAGGCAUCAGUGCCAGGCGAGUUUGAAUACGAGUCCGAAACUAAUCCAGACGACGACUAG